CAUGCCUCCCUCUGUUUCCCAAGCAGAUUCAGUUUGCAGACCAGAAACAGGAGUUCAACAAACGGCCCUCGAAGAUCGGCCGCCGCUCGCUGUCCCGCUCCAUCUCCCAGUCCUCCACAGACAGCUACAGCUCAGCAGCGUCAUACACAGACAGCUCUGACGAUGAGACGUCUCCCCGAGACAAGCAACAGAAGAACACAAAGGGCAACGGAGACUUCUGCAUCAAAAACAUCAAACAGUCCGACUUUGGACGCCGAGAAAUUGAAAUUGCAGAACAAGAGAUGCCGGCCCUGAUGGCUCUGAGGAAGCGAGCACAAGGGGAGAAACCCCUCGCUGGUGCCAAGGUGGUGGGCUGCACCCACAUCACCGCCCAGACUGCUGUGCUGAUGGAGACUCUGUCAGCUUUGGGGGCUCAGUGCAGAUGGGCAGCCUGUAACAUCUACUCCACCCAGAAUGAGGUGGCGGCUGCUUUGGCAGAGGGAGGUUUCAGUGUGUUUGCUUGGAAGGGUGAGUCAGAGGAUGACUUCUGGUGGUGCAUUGAUCGCUGCGUCAACGUGGAGGGCUGGCAGCCCAACAUGAUUCUGGAUGAUGGUGGAGACCUGACUCACUGGAUCUAUAAGAAAUACCCCAACAUGUUUAAGAAGAUCAAAGGCAUAGUGGAGGAGAGCGUCACUGGUGUGCACAGGUUGUACCAGCUUUCCAAAGCAGGGAAGCUUUGUGUUCCAGCUAUGAAUGUCAACGACUCGGUGACAAAGCAGAAGUUUGACAACCUUUACUGCUGCAGGGAGUCCAUAUUAGACGGACUGAAAAGGACAACUGAUGUUAUGUUUGGAGGCAAGCAGGUGGUGGUGUGUGGAUACGGAGAGGUGGGGAAGGGCUGCUCUGCUGCCCUCAAAGCGAUGGGGUCCAUCGUCUACGUCACGGAGAUCGACCCCAUCUGCGCCCUUCAGGCCUGCAUGGACGGCUUCAGGCUGGUGAAGUUGAAUGAAGUCAUCAGACAAGUGGACAUCGUCAUCACCUGCACAGGCAAUAAGAACGUGGUGAUGAGAGAGAACCUGGACCGCAUGAAGAACGGCUGCAUUGUCUGCAACAUGGGUCACUCCAAUACUGAGAUCGAUGUGGCGAGUCUGCGGACUCCUGAACUGACCUGGGAGAGAGUACGCUCCCAGGUGGACCAUGUCAUCUGGCCAGACGGCAAGAGAAUAGUCCUGCUGGCAGAGGGUCGUCUGCUGAACCUCAGCUGUUCCACUGUGCCCACUUUUGUGCUAUCCAUCACAGCCACUACCCAGGCGCUGGCUCUGAUAGAGCUGUACAAUGCCCCAGAGGGGCGCUACAAACAGGACGUUUACCUGCUGCCCAAGAAGAUGGAUGAGUACGUGGCCAGUCUACAUCUACCUACAUUUGACGCACAUCUUACAGAACUGAGUGACGAGCAAGCAAAGUAUCUGGGUUUGAACAAGAACGGGCCCUUCAAGCCAAACUACUACAGGUACUAAACCAGUGUUGAGGAUGGACCGAAGAAAAUCCAGAACUCACGAACCACACAAACCCACACAGGGAGAAGGAGGGAUAGAGGACAGAGGAAAGGAAAGGAGGACAGAAUAGCCAACACUUCUGAUUAAUAUACGAGGAGGAGGGGCAGAGGGGCGUGGCAAUCCCAACCCUUUUGCCAGUUGCUUUAUUUAUUCACCCUCGUCAACAAUAACCAUAUCGUUAGCUGUAACCUUGGAGCCGCUCCAGGCACCUGACACUCGCUCGCUCCCUGCUGAGCGACAUCUUCCUCUGGAAGACGUUUCACUUCCACUCGUCACAUCGACAACGUUACUCUCUCAUUCUACACUCAUUUGUGUGUUGAGUUCUUUGUCCACCCUCCAUCCUUUUUCCCCCCCCUUCACCAGAUCUUUUAUUAGCUACAAAAGGCGUUAAAAUUAUAUAUACUUUAUAAAAAAACAAACAAACUCGAUUAAAAAAAGUAAGUGUGAAUGAAGACUCAUUGAAGAUGGAGUGAUGAUGGACACUUUUCCAGUCCUUUUUUAUUGUCUUUUUCUACUUGUUUUCUCUCUCUCUCUCUCUCUCUCUCUCUCUCUCUCUCUCUCUCUCUCUCUCUCUCUAUAUCAAUUUGCAAAGGUGGGGUUAGACCUAGUGGGAGGGGUUAGAUGGGGUGACAGGGUCCAGUCAAAUGUCAUUUUUAAAAAAAGACAUUUUUAAAGCAUACUCUGUUUAGACUGUAGUUUUAUCUUCUUUUUUUUUUAUUUAAAGAAUGACUGCACAGUGAUAGGUUCGUUCCAAAUGUCACUCAAAUCCACCGCAAAAGCAUCUCAUUGGCGGUUCAGUUUCUUUUUGUUAAGAGCCGCUCACAUUGCCAGUGUUGUCAUGAAGUAUUUCAAGCUACAAAGCAUCGUUACAUAUGGACACCCCCCCCCCCCCCCAUCCAUAUGCUAUACUGUGUUACCAACAUGGCAGAUUGUCAAAUAAUUAGGAUAUACUGUAUAUUUAAAUAUAAUAUAGAAAAUAAGACUUUUCUAUCUUUUUUUCUUUUUUGUCAUCUAACGUCAUUAUUGUUGGAGGAAGAAAGCGAUGCAUCAUGAAGUAAGCGUUGCAAAGAGAAGUGUAAUAAUAAAUGUUCCCUCUUUUAAAAGCUGUGAAGGAAUAUUUUAGGGAUACCAAAUCUGCCGGUCCGGUACUCGAGUAGAUCUCUUCAAUCAGGUCCUCAGUAUAUGGUGCUGAUUAGAGUUACUGUACUUGCCAUACACGCUGGAAUGCUCUGGUACUCAUGCUUCGGCUACUCUUACACCUGACAGGGUUCAGCUCCACACAUUGCAAAAAAUUCAAAAUCUCACCGAGCGUAUUUGUCUAAAAAUAUCUAAUUAUAUUUAACAGAAGGAAAAAUAUCACUUAAAGUAAAAUUUCAACAAGCCGUGUCUGUGAAAGUCAUGUUUGAUGUAAUGCUUCCUAAUGCUAGCAAGAUGAGUUGUCGUAACUAAUUUCAAGAAAUCUUGUGUGAAUUUUCACUUGUUCCAUUAGGCCCCAUUUAAAAAAAAUAAAAAAAUAAAAAAAAAAUAAAAAAAAUUAUCCCUGACAUCAGAAAAAAAGUGGUGAGGGAGGGCAUAUUUUUUAUUUAUUUUUCUUAGAAACAGGAAUAUACGUCAUUUCAAACCUGAAAAACAACACGUACAACACCUGCAUACCAAGUAAGGAACUGAAAAUAUCAUUUUUAAUGUAAAUCUUGUUUCCAUGUUGAAUACAGUCAGUGUAUUGCACGCUAGGAGUGUCAUAAAAAUGCGUACUGUGUGUGAGUGACACAGAGCACCUGACUGUGGUUGUCAGUGAUCAUCUUUGGCCAAAGCACACUUGCCACCUAGCGGACAUGCCAGUUCUUGCACCAGCUGUACUGCCGUCAAUGAAAUUUGCCAAAAUAAUUUUUUUUUUAAUUUUAUUUUAUUUUGAUGCGGUCUGCUUUUGGCAUGCGGGUAGAGAUGAUAAACUAAUGUUUUUAUGGGGUGUUAGCAGACUUGUUUUCAUGUUUAAAAAAACAAAUACCUGCCAAUGGAACAAGUAAAUAUUCUUGAAAAAUUUCUUGAAAUGAGUUGCAAAAACUCAAUUAGUGAUAUAUGUUACCAUUGUGUUAAAACUGUUACAUCGUUAACAAAUACAGAAGCUUAAAAAUUUUAUGGUGAGUCAAAAAAAAACUUGUUUAAUCUCAGCUGUGACUCAAAACGAUGUUUCUAAGACUCUUAUAUUUUAAGAUGGAUUAUUGAAAUGCAGGUUCAUUUAGUCUUAUAUUAAGUAUAAUUAGAUUUUUAUUUUAUUUUUAUCUUGAAAUCAGACAAAUAGACUUGGUGAAAGUUUGCGUUUAGAACCAAGUUCUCCCAAGCAGGCACACCACUCGGGAAAAGUACAUUUGGCACAACUCCUGGUGGACUUGGUGAACACUCCAUCCUCAAAGCUUGCAGUAAUUCUUUCUGUGUUUGCCGUGAAAAUUGAACACUGAGGUGCUUAGAGCUGACAUUGAGUCGAAUGCAAGGUGGCCAGCAGUCCAGUCGAGCAUCUUAAAAUUUUGAACGUUUUUCCGAGUCAUGCUGAUCUGUGCUGAACAGCACGCCAACAUACACGGGACAUACACAAGCUGUGCUGAGGUGCUGCUCUGAGAAACUCUUGGCCAAACUCGGCUAUAUGUACAAGCUGUUUGAAUGGCUAAAUGUGUUAGGCUUCAUAAUUUAGCGGAAAUCAUAGACUCAUCCAUUCAGUACGCUUAUCAUUUUGGGAAAUUGUCACCCUUUAAAAAUCUUCUGACUCAACUUGCUGUUCCUGAUGUGUUUUUUUUGUUUUGUUUUUUUUUCCUUCUUUCUUAUACCUCUCCAUCUGAGACUGCGGUAUAAAAACUUGUAUCCUCAGUGCCACACCUGCACCAAUCAGAGUCUCCACACACCUGCUGGGAGCCGCCGGCAGCUCGGCACUCACAGAAGGAGAUCAAAUUCUCCACCAAAAUAAGCAGCUCAUUAUGAGCACGUUACACACAGAAGAUUAAUUUGACUUUUUUCGGGGGGGAAUCAACUCAGACAUCAUGGGACAUAACAGCGAUACCAUCCCUGUAUGUAAUGUUAAACACCAACGGAAGCCUUUAAAUUUAACUUUGGACAAAUCAUAAGAAUUUGAAGUUGUGUAGAAACCACCUUGAUGAACCUGUUGUGCGUCCACAUGCCACCAUGUAACGAUAGCGGCCUGUGCUGUGUUGCAAUGUCACUUGUGUUUGUGCACAUCCGUGUCUGAUCCGUCCAUCUCCGUCUCCUCAUGCUAUUGAAAAUCCUCCCUUAAAGUAGGGCGGCCCGCUACUUCUUAGAACUGUCGCCUUAGUUUUUCCCUUUUGUGUUUGUGUGUGUGAGAAUGUGUCUUACGUGUAUAACUUCUACAGCAGUGAUAAACGUUUCCCAGGAUUUACAGAUGUUGAGCGUAUGGCUAUGUAUGUACUGGAUAUUCUUAUGAUGAUAUGAUGUUUUAUUACUGAUGGGU